AUGCACAGGUGUAAUAUUCGAGAAACAUUACAGUUACUAUCAGAUCUCUCCAAUCUAGGAUCGCCUCACUCAGUGUCAGAUAACUCUGACUAUACUAUACAGAACUCUGACUAUACUAUACAGAACUCUGACUACACUAUACAGAACUCUGACUACACUAUACAGAACUCUCACUAUACUAUACAGAACUCUGACUAUACUAUUCAGAAUUCUGACUAUACUAUACAGAACUCUGACUAUACUAUACAGAACUCUCACUAUACUAUACAGAACUCUGACUUCACUAUCCAGAACUCUGACUAUACUAUACAGAACUCUGACUACACUAUUCAGAACUCUGACUAUACUAUACAGAACUCUGACUACACUAUACAGAACUCUGACUACACUGACUACAAUAUACAGAAAUCUGACUACACUAUACAGAACUCUGACUACACUAUACAGAACUCUGACUACACUAUCCAGAACUCUGACUACACUAUACAGAACUCUGACUACACUAUACAGAACUCUGACUAUACUAUACAGAACUCUGACUACACUAUACAGAACUCUGACUAUACUAUACAGAAUUAUAACUCUGACUAUACUAUACAGAACUCUGACUAUACUAUACAGAACUCUGACUAUACUAUACAGAUCUCUGACUAUACUAUACAGAACUCUGACUACACUAUACAGAACUCUGACUAUACUAUACAGAACUCUGACUACACUAUACAGAAUUCUGACUUUACUAUACAGAAUUCUGACUAUACUAUACACAAAUCUGACAACACUAUACAGAACUCUGACUACACUAUACAGAACUCUGACUACACUAUACAGAACUCUGACUAUACUAUACAGAACUCUGACUAUACUAUACAGAACUCUGACUACACUAUCCAGAACUCUGACUAUACUAUACAGAUCUCUGACUAUACUAUACAGAACUCUGACUACACUAUACAGAACUCUGACUAUACUAUACAGAACUCUGACUACAAUAUACAGAAUUCUGACUUUACUAUACAGAAUUCUGACUAUACUAUACAGAAAUCUGACAACACUAUACAGAACUCUGACUACACUAUACAGAACUCUGACUACACUAUACAGAACUCUGACUAUACUAUACAGAACUCUGACUAUACUAUACAGAACUCUGACUACACUAUCCAGAACUCUGACGAUACUAUACAGAACUCUAACUAUAAUAUACAGAACUCUGACUAUACUAUAGAGAACUCUGACUACACUAUACAGAACUCUGACUACACAAUACAGAACUCUGACUAUACUAUACAGAACUCUGACUAUACUAUACAGAACAUUGACUACACUAUACAGAACUCUGACUACACUAUACAGAACUCUGACUACACUAUACAGAACUCUGACUAUACUAUACAGAACUCUGACUAUACUAUACAGAACUCUCACUAUACUAUACAGAACUCUGACUACACUAUCCAGAACUCUCACUAUACUAUACAGAACUCUGACUACACUAUACAGAACUCUGACUACACUAUACAGAACUCUGACUAUAAUAUACACAACUCUGACUACACUAUACAAAACUCUGACUAUACUAUACAGAACUUUGACUACACUCUGACUAUACUAUACAGAACUCUGACUACACUAUACAGAACUCUGACUACACUAUACAGAACUCUGACUACACUAUACAGAACCGCUGAUUAA